GACUAUUUAACAAAUAAAUCUAUAAUAAAAUAAUUUUAAUGAAAUAAUAAAAAUACAAUAAUAUUGUUGCAGUCAUCACAUGAUCAAGAUUGAGUAAUUGAACAAGCAUUGUCUUUGUCAAUUGGCGCAAGUCUAAACCAAUUUACCAUCCCCCCUUCAACUAAAAAACGACAAUCUUCAAUCUUCAUUGAAUCCUCCAGAUAAGGAUUGAGGCCCUAUUUCUAUUUUCUCUCUCUUCCUCCUUCAAUUUCAACCACUAAUCUUCUCAUUUUCUAUUAAAUUUUUUUCACCCACCACUUAAAUUCAUCAUAUUUCACUUUAAUUUUUCUUUACAAAUUCUGGGUUUGUUCAAUUUUCACUAGAAUUGUUUGUUAAUUUAUCUGAUUUUACCUAAAGGUCCAAUUUCCAUUUCUAAUUUACCCAAAAAAGGUUUGGACUCUGAAUUGUGUCAAUGGCAUCAACAUUUGUUAGCAAUAACAUCCCUUGCAAUGUUGGGUCAAUAAAGGGUUUCAAUAAUUCUCAGAAAUUUGUGGGGUUUGGUUCAAGUUUAGUAUUUGGAAACAGGAAAAUUUGUCUGAAAAAUUGGGGAAAUUCUGGGUUUGUAUCUCCAUCUCAAUUAGUGGUGAAGGCAAGUGAAAAAAGGGAGAAUUUGAUUCAGGAGAAGAAAGGUUUGAGCAUUGAAGAAUGUGAAGCUGCUGUUGUUUCAGGGAAUGCACCUUCAGCUCCUCCUGUUUCUCCUAAGCCUAGAGCACCUGCUAACACACCUCUUAUUUCUCCCCUUUCACUAGGUCGACGUCCUCGUCGCAAUCGAAGAUCACCUGUCCUUAGGGCAGCAUUUCAAGAGACAACCUUGUCCCCGGCGAAUCUAGUUUAUCCUUUGUUCAUUCACGAGGGAGAAGAGGACACACCUAUUGGAGCAAUGCCUGGAUGUUAUAGACUUGGAUGGAGACAUGGCCUUGUGGAAGAGGUGGCAAAAGCCCGUGAUGUUGGCGUUAAGAACUUCGUGCUAUUUCCAAAAGUUCCUGAUGCUUUAAAGUCUCCCACUGGUGAUGAAGCAUACAAUGAUAAUGGGUUAGUGCCCCGGGCAAUACGAAUGUUGAAGGAUAAAUUUCCCGAUGUUAUAAUUUACACGGAUGUUGCCUUAGAUCCAUAUUCCUCUGAUGGACAUGACGGUAUCGUUAGAGAAGACGGUGUGAUUAUGAAUGAUGAGACCGUACACCAGUUAUGUAAACAAGCUGUGGCCCAGGCUCGCGCAGGAGCUGAUGUUGUCAGUCCUAGUGAUAUGAUGGAUGGUCGUGUCGGAGCGAUUCGUGCCGCACUUGAUGCAGAAGGAUUUUCGCAUGUUUUAAUCAUGUCCUAUACGGCAAAGUAUGCAAGUUCAUUUUAUGGUCCAUUCCGAGAAGCUCUCGACUCAAAUCCACGCUUCGGGGAUAAGAAAACCUACCAAAUGAACCCGGCUAAUUAUCGAGAGGCUUUAAUCGAAACACAAGAAGAUGAAUCUGAAGGAGCAGAUAUAUUGUUGGUAAAACCUGGGCUUCCAUACUUGGAUAUCAUUAGGCUCCUCCGAGAUAACUCUCCUUUGCCAAUUGCAGCAUAUCAGGUUUCUGGUGAGUACUCCAUGAUUAAGGCUGCCGGUGUUCUCCAAAUGAUCGAUGAAGAAAAGGUCAUGAUGGAAUCACUUUUGUGUCUGCGUCGAGCUGGUGCUGAUAUCAUCCUUACAUAUUUUGCUUUACAAGCUGCAAGGUGUUUAUGUGGAGAAAAAAGAUGACUCCCUCUUUAGCUCUCUCUGGAUGAUUUAGUUGAACAUCGGUAGUGAACGUAGCAACGUAAAUUGUUAAUGUCACUUGACGAAGAGAUUAAAUUUGUGUUUGGCGACGAGUAGCUACUUAUGGCCUAUUGACGGCUCGUAGAACAAAUGUAGAGAAAAAUCGAGGAAAUUGAAGAGGUAAUAAAUUGUGUAUGAGCUAGGGAAAUUUUACACCAUAAUGUUUUAACAUUUGAUGAACAAGUGUAGCUACUACUUUUAGUUAUUAGGCUUUUUGGCCAAUUGUGCGAAAGAAAAAUUAUAAUAUUAUCGUCAAUUUGUUAUUUCAA